CCGCAUGGAUGGAAAACAUAACACACUGAAAUAAUAAGAGAGAGAAAGUGAAAUUUAGAGAGAGAAACACGUUGAAUUUUCCAAUCUCAUCCUUUAUGGACCCCAAACAGAAAAAACCAAGUCUCUUUCUCUCUCGCAAAAAACCAAACCAAACCCUAGCGAAGACCCUUCAUCAUUCUCCCCUCGAUUUCAAUCCCAUGAUUUGAUCCUUUUUCACAUCCUUCAUCUCAUUAAACAGGUUUCAUGUAACUGGAGUUUAGUUAAUCAAGAUAUAAUUAAUGGAUGAUGAUAGUACAGAUGGAUAACAUGUCCGCUCCUUCAUCACGGGAGCGUGCGCAACGCCUUUAUGAUAAGAACCUUGAAUUGGAGAAUAAGCGCCGGAGGUCUGCUCAGGUGCGGGUCCCAUCAGAUCCAAAUGCUUGGCAACAAAUGCGUGAGAAUUAUGAAGCAAUAAUUCUUGAGGAUUAUGCUUUCUCUGAGCAGAAAAAUAUUGAAUAUGCUCUUUGGCAGUUGCAUUACAAGCGGAUUGAGGAGUUUAGAGCAUACUUCAAUGCCACCCUUUCUUCUUCAAGCUCAAACCCAUCUCAGGGAGGGAAAGGCCCUGUCCGGCCUGAUCGUAUAACUAAAAUAAGGCUUCAGUUUAAGACUUUCCUCUCAGAAGCAACAGGAUUUUACCAUGAUCUUAUCAUGAAAAUCAGAGCAAAGUAUGGGCUUCCACUUGGUUACUUUGAGGAUUCAGACAAUCGGAUUGUGAUGGAGAAAGAUGGAAAAAAAUAUGCUGACAUGAAGAUAGGUUUAGUAUCUUGCCAUCGUUGUCUAAUAUAUUUGGGUGAUCUUGCUCGUUAUAAAGGAAUGUAUGGUGAAGGUGACUCAAUAAACCGGGAGUUCACAGCAGCUUCUAGCUACUACUUACAAGCUGCAUCUCUUUUGCCUUCAAGUGGGAAUCCCCAUCAUCAGCUUGCUUUAUUGGCUUCAUAUUCUGGAGAUGAGCUGGUGGUCAUUUAUCGGUAUUUUCGUAGUCUGGCUGUGGAUAGUCCAUUUACAACUGCAAGAGAAAACUUGAUAGUUGCGUUUGAGAAGAAUCGUCAAAGUUUCUGUCAGCUACCUGGUGAUGCUAAAGUUCUUGCAGUCAAGGAAUCUUCAGUGAGGCAUACUGGCAAAGGAAGAGGAAAAGUGGAAGCAAAACUUGCAACAAAGGCAGCUGGUGUUGAUGCUAAUCCUAGAACCGGAGGAGCAUCCACUAUACAAGAAACUUAUAAAUACUUUUGUACCCGCUUUGUCCGUCUAAAUGGAAUAUUGUUUACGCGUACAAGCCUUGAGACCUUCACUGAAGUCCUUGCUGUUGUUAGCACCGGCCUUCGUAAACUUCUGUCUUCAGGGCAAGAUGAGGAGCUGAAUUUUGGCAGUGAUGCUUCUGAGAAUGGACUUGUCAUUGUCAGAAUUGUUUGCAUCAUAGUAUUUACGGUUUAUAAUGUGAAUAAGGAAUCUGAAGGUCAAAGUUAUGCUGAAAUUGUACAGCGUGCUGUUCUUCUUCAGAAUGCAUUUACUGCAGCUUUUGAAUUGAUGGGUUACAUAAUAGAGAGAUGUGCAGAGCUGUGUGAUCCAUCUUCUAGUUAUCUUUUACCUGGCAUUUUGGUUUUUGUUGAGUGGUUGGCUUGUUAUCCAGAUCUAGCUAAAGGCAAUGAUGUGGAUGAGAAUCAGGCAACUCUCAGAUCAAAAUUUUGGAAUCAUUGUAUAUCCCUUUUGAAUAGAUUACUUUUAGUUGGGCCUAUGUCGAUUCUUGAUGAUGAGGAGGAGACUUGCUUUAAUAACAUGAGCAGGUACGAAGAAGGGGAAACUGAAAACCGACUUGCUUUGUUUGAGGACUUUGAGUUAAGAGGAUUUGUUCCACUGCUUCCUGCACAAACUAUCUUGGAUUUUUCUAGGAAGCAUUCCCUCGGAAAUGAUGGUGAUAAGGAAACAAAAGCUCGGGUCAAAAGGAUUUUAGCUGCAGGGAAGGCUUUAGCAAAUGUUGUCAGGGUUGACCAGAAAGUGAUAUAUUUUGAUUCAAAGGUGAAGAAAUUUACAAUUGGUGUUGAGCGUCAAAUCUCAGAUGAUUUUGUUCUUCCAACCUCCUAUUCAGGCCUGCUGAAUGCAGAAAACUUGUUGCAAGAAAAUCCAGGAGACAAAUCAAUGGUGGAAAUUGUUCAAUCAAACCAAGACCAGUAUAUGGACGGAGAUGAGGAUGAUGAAGUUAUUGUUUUCAAGCCUGUAGUGUCUGAGACGCGAGCUGAUGUGGUUGUCUCAUCAUGGGCUCCCCAUGAGGGUUUGGAUCCUUCUCUAAAAGCAUUUGGAGGGGAUUUGAAGUUUCAUGGCAAUUCUACUUCUAACCCUCUCAAUAAUCUAAAUCAUCAAACUUUGCCUCUUUCUGUUAGUGGUAUGAUGCCACAAAAUCUGCAACCAGUGCCAACAUCAAGGUGGAUUGAGGGGGAAAUUUCUCUUGUUAACAAUUUAAAAGGUCUUAGCUUACUUGAGAACGGGCAUGUAAUGGAAACUGGCCUACAAGAAUCUGUAGGCGUCUCAAACCAUGUAGCACUUCCUUUUCCUAUUCAACAAUCUGUCGCUGCUGAUACUAACAGUGUGUUUUAUGGUCUCCCAAAAGCUUCAGAAUCUGUGAUACCAUCCAGAGUUGAUGCUAUUGCAUCUUCUAGAGUAAUUACUGAUAAUUUUUCUGGGAUGACAACAUCAGCCUUGCAAGCUAGUUUGAGAAAAGCCCCAGUUAGUCGACCUGCUAGGCACCUUGGACCUCCUCCUGGAUUUAGUCACGUUUCUUCUAAACAAGGUAUUGAAUACUCUGUUUCAGAUUCACUAAGUGGGAAUCCAAUUAUGGAUGAUUAUGGUUGGUUGGAUGGAUAUCAUUUGGAAUCAUCAAUUAAUGGUUUAGGCCCUAAUGGUCAGCUGACUUACUCUCAAUCAAAUUCUCAGCAAGUCAGUAACAAUGGGUUGAGUGGGAAAGUCAGCUUUCCCUUUCCUGGGAAACAAUUUCCAUCUGUGCCUCUUCAGGUGGAGAAACAGCUGAAUGGUUGGCAUGAGUAUGAAACAUAUGAGCAUUUAAAAUCACACCAUGAUCAGCAGCUGCAGCCUCAACAGCAGCCAACAAAUGGAAAUCAGCAAUUUUCUCCUCUGACUGAGCAAUUUCAAGGACAAUCAAUUUGGACAGGUCGUUACUUUGUGUGAUGUCAGUAUGAGAGUAUAGAUGGUCCUUGAAGGCUUAUUGCGAAUGUGGCAUCCUUUUGCUACUCAUUCAAACUCCGGAUUUGCUGCCUUGUUAUUGGAUGUUGUUGGAGUUCCUUUGGCCUUGACUUGUUGCAGGGUGUUGCUACUACAAAAGAUUAUGCUGAGCUCUUCAGCUCGGACGAAGGAAGAUAAACGAGCAUCUUUACAGUUCAAAGUUCUUAAGAAGUAAAUGCCUUGUCUGGUCCGUUGGGGUGCUAGGUGGUGAUAAAUAAAAGACUAUUCAUUCAGUCGCGUUGGAGCUUGUGUCUUCUGGUAUUGGUGAUGUUACAAUGGUUCAUUCAAAUCUCUAGUGGAAGUGUCAUGUUGAUGCACCUGUAAGAAUCUUUGUUAACAACAUCAUCUGGUUGCAAGUGAUACUACAUAGUGCUAGCCCUUAUUUCUGCUGCAAUGCUUCAGAAUAUACUAUAUAUGGCAAAGUUGCUAGGUAAGAAGUGGGUGUCAAGUUUGGAUAAUAGGAUAUGGUAUGAUAUGUCUAAAUAUGUAAGACAUUGUGGAAGCUCACUUGAGUUAGUGAGUGAGUAAAUGUGUUUAGUUGUUGCGUCUUUGUGAAGAUAAUAAUAAUUUGUUGUGUGUGAUGAGUGGAAAUGGUUCAUUUUUCACGUUUUUUUAAGUCUAGGGGUUAACUUGAACUUGCUAUUUGAAAAUAAAUUGGUGGAUAGUGUAUACAUAUCCAUCUUGGUCUGUAUGGAAAUACUAUGAUAUAUCUCUCUGACUUUGGAUUUUUAGCAUCU